CAUACGUCAAACAAAUGUUUUAUUCCUCCCACCGGUAUAAAACUCGCCUCACACACUUGUUUUUCAACACAUUUUAAAUUUCUUCCCUUCAGAAUUAAUCUCUUCACCAGAGAGAGAGAGAGAGAGAUGAGCGACCGAGCUGGUAUCGUCGAGAGAGCUCUCGGCAGCCUGGGCAAAGGAUUCGACAUGACGUCAGAUUUUCGACUCAAGUACUGCAAAGGAGAGGAGAGGUUAGUCCUCCUUAACGAAAAGGAAACGAGAGAGCUGAACGUGCCCGGUUUCGGAGGCGUCAAGGGUGUCUCCGUCGACAUAAAGUGCGACAAAGGCGACCGGAUCCGGUACCAGUCCGACAUCCUCGACUUCAACCAUAUGUCGGAAUUUUUCAACCAAAAGUGCUCGGUCUCGGGUAAAAUCCCGUCGGGAUUUUUCAAUUCCAUGUUCGGAUUCGAAAGCGGAUCAUGGGCCGUCGAUGCGGCCAAGACCAAAUACUUGGGGGUCGUUGGUUACUACAUAGUCCUCUUCUCUGCUCAUAUCGAUCGCUACCCUCUCCUUCUCUCCGAUGAAGUCCGAAAUGCUGUUCCUUCAACUUGGGAUCCUUCUGCUCUUGCAAGAUUCAUUGAGAAGUAUGGGACCCACAUCGUUGUGGGUUUGAACAUUGGGGGCAUGGAUGUGGUGCUAGUACGGCAAGAGAAUUCUUCAAACCUUGAGCCGUCGCACCUCAAUAACCACUUGAAUGACCUUGGUGAUCAAAUGUUCACUGGCUCAUGCACCUUCUCGCCACAUCAGAGGAAGACCAGAGACCCAAAAUACAAGGCACCGGAGGCUUUUAAUGUGUUCGAUCCACAACCAGUGAUCCUAAACAGCUUCUCAGCCGUCUCAGCAAAAGAUGGAAUCACAGUCAUUUGCACCAAAAGGGGUGGGGAAACAUCAGUAAGUAGCCAUUGCGAAUGGCUUCCGACAGUUCCAUCAAACCCAGACGCAGUUCACUUUAGCUUCAUUCCCAUCACUUCUCUCCUUAGAGGUGUUCCAGGCAAAGGCUUCCUCUCCCAUGCCAUAAACCUCUACAUGCGAUACAAGCCACCUAUAGGUGAUUUACAGUACUUCCUGGACUUCCAAGGGCACAAGAUUUGGGCUCCUAUUCACAGUGACCUUCCAUUGGGCCCAGGCCCAACUACAAACUCGGCCCUUCGAACCCCUACCCUACAGUUCAACAUCAUGGGCCCUAAGCUAUACGUAAACACUUCCCAGGUUACAACUGGAAAGAGACCUGUCACGGGAAUGAGGUUGUAUCUUGAGGGAAAGAAAUGCAAUAGGCUAGCCAUCCACCUCCAACAUCUAUCGAACACCCCAAUCUCACUCCAAAACAAGAUAGACGACACCGUGGCCUGGCGUGGAUCGGAGGAACUUUCCGACGAACGAUACUUCGAACCCAUCCAACGGAAGAAAUUCUCCCACAUAUGCACGACUCCGGUGAAAUACGACCCUAGAUGGAGCAACAGGAAGGACAUAGCCUACAUUGUCACGGGCGCCCAGCUCCACGUCAAGAAACACGAUUCCAAGUCCGUCUUGCACCUCCGUCUCUUGUACUCCAAGAUCUCCGACUUCUCCAUCGUGCAGUCGAGAUGGGCCCGGAGCUCAUCCGAAGAUUCUCAGAAGUCAGGGUUUUUCUCAGCGAUCAGCACUUCGUUAUCCGGAAGUGCAGAGAAGGAGAAAAGACCCGCGGUGGUGGUGGUGGACUCGAGCGUGUAUCCAACUGGUCCUCCGGUGCCAGUGGCGACCCAAAAGCUGUUGAAGUUCGUGGACAUGUCGCAGCUGUGCAGGGGGCCGUUGGAUAGCCCGGGACAUUGGGUUGUCACCGGAGCUCGGCUUGACUUGGAGAAGGGCAAGAUUUGCUUGCACGUGAAGUUCGCUUUGUUGCAUAUGUGUUCAUAAGACGUGAUCAAAGAUAACACUCACAUAAUGGUUUUCCUUACGAUAUUCGAUAGCAGGGGAAUAUACAGAAGAUAAAGCUGCGCGUCUCACUGUAAUGAGAAUCGCGAUUUAGACAUCGUAUGUAUAGCGACCCCCGGUCUGUUUCGCAAGAAAGAAUACGCGCUGUGUGAUGACGGAUUUGGGUGUAAAGGCAACAAAAAUUUGCUUGUAUACAAUUCUUUAUACAUUAGUAUCUUGUUGAUAUAUGUAAAUGAUUUUACUUCAUGUCGCAGAAAGAGGGUAAAUCAAAUUUGUGCUCGCACACAUUACAUAU